AUUUAAUGAAUUUAAAUAGCCGGGAGAGAGAUUUAGCUGAAAUAAAACAACAAUGGCGUACAAUGAAAUUAGAUGCUAAAAAAAAUAUGUCCCAGGUAAAGACAUCUAUCAAAUGUACUGGUGGAGGACCAAAGCCUCCUAGCCCAGAUCCGGAAACAAUAGACAUCUUAAGUAUGAUUCCACAGGAAUUUGAAACAGAUUCAAAUAUCUUCGACAGUGACAGCAUAGCGAAUCAAGAGGUGGAAUGUGUCAUGUCAACACAAGAGUAUGUUCUCACUCCAUUAGAUAAGAAAGAGAAUGUGGAAGAGAGUUCGAGGAUGCAGAUCGAGAGCUUCAAAGGUGAUGCGCAGUGGUACGCACGAGAUGGCCACUUUUAUGUUGCCUCUCGAGCGCGGGGAGCAUCCAUCUACAUGCGCUGCCACAGCAACCGAUGUCCAGCACGCUGGACGAUGAAGGAUGGGCAGCCAGGCCCCAUCACUGGCGUACACGACCAUGACCCUACCCCUUGGGUUGAGAGCCGGAACAAUAUGUUCCAGGCUCUCAAAAGGAGAGCUGCUUCCGAGAGCACUCCCUUGAAUACUUUAUACCGAGAGGAAGUAACAAGACAUCCAGAUGGCGCACCGCACCUCUUGUACGAGACCAUGGUGUCUUCGAUGCGGCUCUGGCGGAGGAGUCUGCAGCCAGGCGGCGGGGUUGCCCGCCUACCAAAUUCUCACAAUUCACGUGGUUAUAGAAGGCCACUUCUACCACCCCGUGAUGGUUCUCAUGGAGAACAGGAGGAGGCCGCUUUACGAAGCGGUCUUGCAAAGAAUUUGGCAGGAGGCUGACAACCCACGUCCGGCCGUUAUUGUGACAGAUUACGAGCACUUCAGGCUGCUCUCGAAUUUGUCACUCACACUCGAGUACAAGGUUGCCUCUUUCAUUUUGUGCAGGCGUUGCUGAGACGAGCGCGGCAGAUGGGCAUCCAGGUACGACGCAACUCUGCUGGCUGGCGCCUGGUGCAGCUGUACGGCGCGCUGGCGCUGCUGCCAGCGGCGCGCGUGCCGCUCGCGCUGAGCGAGGUGGCGCCGAUCGCGCGCGACCAGGGCCUGUCCUACAACGAGGCCUUCCAUGCCUACUUUGCAAACUACUGGAUGACGCGGCUGAGCAACAACCACCAACAGGCGCUGCAGCUGGUAUUUCCCAUAUAGUACCGGGCCACGUCGUAUAUCACUGAUAUUUUAUUGCACGCACCUUUGCCAGACAUGUUCUCGUCAACACAGCCUGCUAUACCUAAAUACAUACUAAAUUGUUCCCUUUAUGUUUAAUUUAAGAAACUAUUGAUCUACAAUAAUGAUGUUGCUUACAGCACAGUACAGAUAAAUAACUUGUUAUGUUGUGUGAUCAUUACCUUAUUACCUAGAACAUACUAUAUCCUAUACCAUACUUUUUAAUAAACCAAGUGUAAAAACAGAUGAAUCACAAUCAUUGUGAGAUCAAAGCUAAUAAUCACUAUCUACUGUCAUAUUUUUUCAAAUGUUUAUAUAUUUUUUCAAAUGUUUAAUUUUUUUAAAGUUUAAUAGAGCCACACACUCAUUGACUUACUAAGAAAAAAUCAAUGCACUCACUUGUUUUACUUGUAGGUAUGAUUAAGUUGUGAUGAAAUUUUGAUAUUACCAUAAUAUUAAUUAUUAACACACUGAUUAAUAUUGCAUAUCUCUAGUAAUUACAUAACAAUUAUGUCUGUAAUGUAAUUAAAAUCAUUUCAGCUACGUCUAAUGCAGCGCUUGGUUUACAGGGAAUAAAAACAAAACAGGUAUAGAUUUGACAUACAGAGAAUAAACUUGGAAGUCUAGAGGGUACACUUUGAAUUCCUACAUACUAUUUAAACUCUAAAUUAUAACUGCAAAAUAAUAAACCUUAUACAUAAUUUGAUAUCUGCUAUACUACACACUUAAGUACAUCUCCAGGAUGAAGCCUUCAUUUUUAUUAAUGCCUAUCAUAGUAUAAUGUAGUGUAAUCCCUGGCCAAGUUAGCCAUUAAUUCAUUAUUUUCUUGGAUUUGUGAAGAAAUAUUUUAAAUGAAACAAAUUCAACAGAGGUAUUGCUUUACUACCUAAGGUCUCGUGUGAAAUGUAAAUAAAAGGUCUC